AUGGAGGGUUUACCAUUCCUGCCGGGAAACACUUUCCGCGAUCCAACGCAAAUGAAAUACCAUGUCAACCAGACCCUGAGCUACAAAAAUGGCUACCGUACAUCAGCACGGCCAGACAUUGGCAUUGGUGGAACUCAGCUUUUUUAUAAUCAGCUGUCCGAGAAUGAGUUGGACACCCUGGCCAACUUCAACCCAGUCUUGACCUAUGGUCAAGCUAAACAAGCCCCACCAGCUGCCUUUGUUCCAUCCCAUGUUCACUGGGACAAGAAGGUGCUCAAAUUUAGUGGUUAUUUCAAAGAAACCGUUCAUGAAUCACCAUCAGAAUACUAUCGUGUCCGUCCAGUUGAUGUUUACUACUACCUAGAGGAUGACAGUAUCGCUGUCGUGGAGCCUCCUGUGCCGAACUCAGGGAUGACACAAGGGAGACUGAUCCGACGUCAGCGCUUACCCAAGAAUGACCAAGGGGAUAUCUGGCACUGGAAGGACAUCAACCUGGGAAUGAACAUCACCUUCUAUGGAAGAAACUUUCACAUCACCAGCUGUGACAAAUUCACCAAGGACUUUUUAGAAAGUGAAGGCAUCAUUGUGAAUGAACCGGAGUCCAUUCCCGGUGAUCCUUACCUGGCAAAGAGGACAGGUACUUCAGCCCUCAAAACAUCCAAGACUCAGUCAUCUUUCGACAAACUACGGCAGUUUAAAGAGCUCGACCGCAAAGUUCUCAGAUUUUACUGUGUUUGGAAUGAUAGCGAGAACAUGUUUGGAGAAGUCAGGCCAUUUGUCAUUCAUUACUACCUUGUGGAUGACACACUGGAAGUUAGAGAAGUUCACCAACCAAAUAACGGCCGAGACCCAUUCCCUGUUUUGAUUGGACGGCACAGAGUUCCUAAAAACAGAUUUGCUGUCCCACCGUCUUUCCCAAGCAUUGUGCUGGAGCUGUCUGAACAAGAAAUGAAAGACUACAUCACACCGAAAGAUUUCCGUGUAGGCAAAACGGUUACAAUUUAUGGCAGACCGUUUCUGAUCUACGACUGUGAUAACUUCACAAAAGGCUUCUACUACAACCAUUUUGGAAUCACUAAUUUUGAUCCCAUUGAAGUAAAAGGAUUGACCAAACAGCUUCCAAAAAUG